CAAACCCGUAGAGCUCACAGCUCGUACUGCUUCACCACAGUGUUUCAAAACGAUGUAAAUAACAGUGUUUUAUUUAUUAAUUCUUCUCUAGAAUUACAGCGGGGGUUUAUUUAUCGGGUCUGGUCGCAGAGACGCCGGAUCUUUGACUCCGAGGAACUCAUUCAUCAACACUAAAGCUCUUCCCGUCCAGAACACAGACCUGAGGAUUGAGAAGUAACGUUAAAAUCAAAUCCUGUCUGUAUCCCUAUCAUCCAGACAAAACCAGAACCGGAUCCAGCAGCGGAAGUGGAUCUUUAACGGGUCCAGAGCAGCAUUUUAAUGAUGAUCAGCUGAUCCGCGUCUGGUUUCCAUUGGUAACGGACAAGCGCACAGAUUUCACCAUAAACAGUCAGUUUCUCUUGCCGGGGAUCAGACAUGACUUCAAAACAGAAGAAGGGGCUCAGAAGCUCUAUCGAUGACGUGUUAGGAGAUCUGCUGGGUGAUGAUGAUGAUGAUGAUGAAGGUCCGGUGAAGGUGCGAUCCCCUGCUGCUGUGUCCAGCAGACCUGCAGCCGUCCUCCCGUCCCGCAGCGGGAAGAGGUCGCUGCUGGACGAUGAUUUCUUCAGUAAACUGGCAGAAGACGCUGAGAGAGAUGAUGAGGGCUCUGACGUGUCCGAGGCCGAUCCUGCCGCUCUGCUCGACAGCAUGAAGAACAUGGAUGACAUGGAUGCAGAUCUGUUCGGCUCGCAGAAGAAGCCGAGCUCAGCUCCUGUUCAGAGGAAGGACUCCAAAAGAACAGGGUCUUCUAAAGCAGGAGACAAGAGCAAAACCACAGAGGAGAUGGUUCCUGAGGUGAAAAAGCCCAGUUCUGCUCCGGCCUCCACAACGAGAACUUACAAGAAGUUCAGCUUUCUGGAUGAUGAAGGUGGAGGUCUCGAUCCUCCUCCUGAUGAAGAUAAAGUGGACGAUUCGUUAGAUGAUUUAUUGGAUGACCUGGAACACAAGCAGAAGACGACAACGGAGAAAAAGAAAAGCGAGCCGCCGUCCUCUUCCUCUCCAGCCGCUCCUCAGAAAACAGAGACGGCAGCAUCUCCAGCAGCCGCUGUGAAGAAGAGGGAAGAUCUGAUGUUUGAAGAUGGUGAAGAUGAUCUGAUGGACGCUCUGGGUUUUGGAGAAACACACAAAACACAAGGAAAUGGAAAGACACAGAAAAAAGACAGUGAUGCUCCUCUGAGAGCUCGCACACGACUGGACGAGAUCUUGGGCCGAGGGACGUCUCCUCGUCUGCUAGAGAGACCCGUCACGGGAGAGAAGAGAGACACGACACAGACGGAGAAACCUCCGGAGAAGAGCUCAGCUGGAAAAGCCUCUCUGAUGGAUGAGGAGGACUUCACGUUCGGCUCCUAUCAGCCCACCAUGGGUUCGACUCCAGAGGGCCGUCAGUCCCGCAGACAGUCUGUCAGAUUCUCGACUGAAGAUGUGAGCGUUCACUCACCCGAACACAAACCCAAACCCUCCACACGCGCCGCCCGGCCCAGAUCAGACUGGCUCGGCCUGAAGCAGGACGAAGAGGAGCAAAAGAUGAAGGAGGAACCCAAACAUUUAGAACCAGAGACCCUGAAGCCUCCGGCAUCACCGUCCACAGAGGCCCGAAAAGAGACGCCCGCUUUAAAGACAGCAGAUCCACCUGCUGCACCCUCGUCUCCUAAAACCAUCUCAAAACCAGUGAAGAGAGACGAGGACGAGGAAGACGACUGGCUCACCGGUGCACUGAGCCGCAAGAAAACACAGUCAGUGAGCCAAUCAGAGGAGAGAGAGAGGAAACAGGACGUUUCAUCAGGUCUGGGGGAGGAAGUGGACGUGUUUCUCAGCUCUAAAUCAAACGUGUCUUCAGCCCCACGAAGACGACAGGACGAGUCUCCCGUCCCAAACACAGAUCCCAGAGAGUCUGCUGGCGUCUCCAUCCAACACAACACGAGCUCAGAAACUCAACACAAAGCCGUGUUUCCACAGAAGUCACCCGCAGAUGGCGCUGUACCUGCGACACAAACACACGCUCCUCUGUCUGCAGGUGGUCUACAGCAGCUACUCAUACAGCAGCAGCUGGCUCAGUCUCAGCUGUGGGGUCUCAGCGGCUCUCUGGACUCACAGAGACUCAGAGACACAGACCAUCAGCAUGACGUGACAUCACUGCAGAAACGCAUCAUUCAGCUGGAGGGACAGGUGAGGAGUUUACAGCUGGAGAGAGACCAGAAUCAGAUGCUGUUAGAGAGCAUUCAACAGAGACACAAACAAGACACUGAGCUCAUGGAGAACAUGCACAGAGCUCGUGUGAAGCUGCUGGAGGAAUCGGCCGCUCAGCGAGAGCUGCGCUCACGGCAGGAGAACGAGGACCUGGCGGAGAGACUGGCUGCGGUCACACGUCUGGUGGAGCAGGAGAGAGCAGAGAUGCAGGUGCAGCAUCAGCGCAGACUCGCGCAGUGCCAGCAGGACAGAGACAGAGCGGUGGAGAGACUCAGAGACCUGCAGAGGAAGUCCAUCCUGGAGAUGAAGAGAGAUCAUGAAGAACAGAUCCUCCGUCUGAAGAAACUGAAGGAUGAGGAGAUCGACGCGGUGACCAGCGCCACCUCACAGACCAGGUCUCUGACGGUGGUCAUCGAGCAGAUGGAGCAGUUCUCCCGCAGGCUGGGCGAUCUCUCGUCUCGAGUGGAGAGUUCGCAUGAAAACACGGCGCAGGGACUGGAGAUCGGAGCCAGACAGAGAGACGAACAGCUCAGAGUUCUGCAGGAGCGUUUGAGCCAGCAGCAGCGUGAGAUGGCCGAAGAGAGGUCACGGCUCAAGGAGGUCAUCGCCAAGAUGGACACACAGCUGGCCGAGCAGCAGAGACAGCUGGAGAAGGAGCGCUGGCGGGUGAUGUCAGAACAGGCCAAAGCUGAAUCAUCUCUGCGAGGACUGGAGGAGGAGAGACGGACCAUGAUGCAACAGUUCAGCAUGUAGAGACAGGAGCAUAUUUCCCAUCGAUGUUGAAGCCAAUAAUCCUAUGGUGUAAAAAUCCAAAAGGCAAACAGUAGAUCAGAAGAUGAUGCAGUCAAUCCAGUUUAAAUGCCGUUUACAAUCCACUUCAACAUAAAAUGAAGUCAACUAGUGCAGGUGUAAUGCCUAUAAAACACUGAGCAUCAAACAACCACAACAAACUUUCCACGAAUUAAAAAUGGCCGCCUUCAGUUCAUCGGGGAAUGACUGCAGACUGACGAGGCUCAUCACACUCCCUAGUGGCUGGAGUGUGUAAUUAUCCUGAGACUCACAGCAGGUGAUCUGAUGAAAUCCUGCCCUCUGCAGUCUGACAUUAAAUGGCACUGAGGAACGAUAUUGUUCGAAUCACUUUUGAAAUGAUUUUUUCCAGCUGAUGAAUGAUAAAAACAUUGACAGCCGAUCAGAAUCCAUCCUGCAUUAAAAGCGUUAGACAACAAAA